UGCACCCCCGUGUAGCAAUGCCUUCCCGCUUUUGCAAAGAUGUGGCUCCUAACUCUUCCUUAGGAGGCAAACUCAGAUCCCAACUCUUGUGACUGUUGCAUCGAUGCUGCCAAUGUAGAAAUCAUGGAUAUACGACCUGUGUAUACAAGGAACAAAAGAACUCACUAGAUGUCUCCGUUUGAAACCUUGUACCUUGGAGGUGGUUAGCGGUUGUCGUUUGACGGUGGAGAGGCAAUCCGGUGGCUAUGGAAUCUGCAUCUGGUGCUGAGCAAUCUGUUCCACCUGCCAGCAGUGAAACUGUGGUUACCGCCACCGACAUAACCUCAAUUCAACCGGUGAUUGCACCUGUCGUUGCACCGCCGGUGAUUCCUCCUCUCGCUCCAAUAGCUGCUGCUCCUCGUCCGACUCCGGCGCCAUUGAAUCCGAUACCUGUCCGUCCUCCGGUCAACAGGCCUUCAGUAGCACAGGAUAACGGCGACUCGAGAACCAGUGAUUCAGGUUCGGAUGAGGAGGAGCCAGAAUCGAGCGGCGCCGCUGCUCGGGAGUAUGAGGUAUCAGAAGAAAGUAAAAAGGUUAAGGAACGACAGGAGAAAGCAGUGCAGGAACUUCUAAUGAAACGCCGAGCGGCUGCCCUAGCGGUUCCGACGAACGACAAUUCUGUCCGUGCGCGCCUCCGGCGCCUCGGCGAACCGAUCACUCUGUUCGGAGAGAGGGAGAUGGAAAGGCGUGAUCGGCUGAGGACGCUUAUGGCGAAACUUGAUUCAGAAGGUCAACUGGAGAAACUAAUGAAAGCUCAUGAGGAAGAGGAAGCUGCGUCGACGGCGGCGCCGUCGGAGCUUGAGGAAGAAAUUCAGUAUCCAUUUUUCACUGAAGGUUCUCAGGCACUGUUAGAAGCUCGUAGAGAGAUCGCGAAGUACUCUCUGGUGAGAUCAGCACUACGCCUGCACCGAACAAGAAGAAAACGGGAUGAUCCGGAUGAAGAUUUGGAUGCAGAGAUCGAUUGGUCACUGAAACAGGCGUCGUAUUUGGGCCUCGAGUGCAGUGAGAUUGGUGAUGAUCGACCUCUAUCUGGUUGCUCAAUUUCACAUGAUGGAAAGAUGCUUGCCACUUGCUCUCUAAGCGGGAUUGCAAAAGUGUGGAAGAUGCCGGAAGUAAGGAAGAUAUCCGCACUUAAGGGCCAUACCGAACGAGCUACUGAUAUUGCAUUCUCUCCCAUCAGCAACCAAGUGGCUACAGCCUCCGCUGACAGGACUGCAAGACUCUGGAAUUUCGAUGGGUCUGCCCUUCGAACAUACAGUGGCCAUUUGGAUCGUCUUGCACGUAUCGCAUUCCAUCCAUCAGGAAAAUAUUUAGGUACAGCCAGUUUUGACAAAACAUGGAGAUUAUGGGAUGUAGAGACGGGCGAGGAGCUGCUUCUCCAAGAAGGUCAUAGUAGAAGUAUCUACGGGAUCACUUUUCAUCAUGAUGGUUCAUUAGCAGCUUCUUGUGGAUUGGAUUCUCUUGCUCGUGUUUGGGAUCUAAGAUCCGGAAGAAGUAUUCUUGCUUUGGAAGGCCAUGUCAAGCCUGUGCUCGGUGCCAACUUUUCUCCAAAUGGUUAUCACUUAGCCACUGGUGGUGAAGACAAUACUUGCAGGAUAUGGGAUUUGAGGAAGAGAAAAACUCUGUACAUAAUACCUGCACAUGCUAACCUCAUUUCUCAAGUGAAAUUCGAACCUCAUGACGGGUACCUUUUGGUCACAGCCUCAUAUGAUAUGACUGCUAAGAUAUGGUCGUCAAGAGACUUUAAGCCUGUGAAGACACUAUCAGGCCAUGAAUCAAAAGUUACGUCACUUGAUAUCACCGGAGAUGGACAAUGCAUUGCAACUGUUUCGCAUGAUAGAACAAUCAAGCUGUGGACAAGCAAAGAGACUGAUAAAGAGAAGGAGAUGGACAUUGACUGAACCGAGACACUCUGCAUGCAGGUUUAGCUGAUGCUAUUUUGAUAGCUUUAAUUGAUUUCUGAAUCAAGAAUCAUUUCCUUAUCUUUGCCCUGACUAUCAAUACUGUUAAUUGUAUUAAGUUUCCAUUGCUCUUAACUGCAUUUAAAUGUGUCCUCUAGUUUCUAAUCUCAGCUUUUAGCCAUCUCAGUUUACUAAAUACACAUACACUGACAUAUAUGCUUAGAGAAACAAAGACCUUAUUAGAGAAUCAGUUCAAUAAAGAAACGCCACGAUGAAUGAAUAAUGUCCCAUCUUAUGUAACAAAUAAAUCAGAUCUCGACUAGAACACACGCACACUACUCUGUACACCAGACAGAUUAGGCACAAAUCUAUGGUCAUAUGUACGUUCGUUUACUAUGUGAGUUAGUCAAGUGUCUUGCCUGUCUUGUGCUAUUACUUUGUGGUCGCAGCCCAUCAUCAGAAUUCAGAAAUGGUAGCAUUGAAAACCCCUGAUGCCUUCAAGCUUUGUAUAAUAACCUGUCUGCAACAACCAAAGGAUGUAGGAGAGAAUGUUUUUUCCGGCUAGCGAAGAUAGAUAUAUGCUGUGAUUCCCAUAUAUUUACAUAUAGGACAAAAUGUGUGCACCUUCAAGAGCUUCGACUUCUUUUCCUUGUUGCUCCAGACAAAAUUUGCUCGAUACCUGGUAAAGAAUCUGAUGAGGUAAGAACUUUUUACUUUGCUUCAAACUUUAGGGUUCUUUUCCAAUGAAGCAUUUCUUCUUUUGUUCCAGUUGAAGCAAUUACAUAUGCCUGCAUUUGAGUUUCCAUGAGUACAUGCUUAGUGACCGCUCGAAAGCUGUACAUUAGGGUUUAGGAAAGAUAACCAUGUCGACAGACUCGGUGUUUUGAACAGAAGUUCCUGGCCAGAGUACUUGUGGUGUCAAUAUGGAUGAUCCAAUCCAAUCCAUUCCAGCUUCCUUUGAAGAUUUAAGCAUGAAAUUGGUGGUAGGUGUAAUAAGAAGAUGAAAUUGAUGAAGGUGUGAAUGAACCUGGAUGGAUAUCUGGAAGAGGAGAAUUGAAGUGCAGAUGUGCAAUGGCUGCAGAAGGAAGGAGGAGGUCUGCGCGGGAAGAAAUAAAUGUAAUGUACGUAGAUGCGAGUCUUUAACUUGUGUUUUGAGUUUUCCAUGCAGAAGGAAAGAGUGCUCCCGUGGAGAACUGCCGUCUUCAUUGGGAUAUUUAACGGUCACGGUGACGGCAGCCAGCCAUAUCAUAUCAGUAACAGUAAGUGUUUCUUUAUAAAUAUAUAUAAUAUAUAUACUAAUUUGUCUUUGA